AUGUAUCACCUCUUCAAGUCCAUCUACUUGCAUGCAACGAGCAAAGAAGAAUACUCCAUCCUGCUGCUCGGCCUGGACAACGCGGAACAGAUCAAGGCCAUAUACAGCCCAGACCACCACCCCAAGCUCAACACCGUGCCCACCGUCGGGCAGAAUGUCAGCUUGAUCGAUUUGCCGGACUGCUAUCUACGGAUCUGGGAUGUAGGCGGUCAACAUAGCCUGCGAGGGCUCUGGCAGAGCUAUUAUAGCAGUGCUCAUGCUAUCGUCUUCGUGAUAGACAGUACGGACGUCGGAGACGCUGACCUCGAGAGUCUGGCCUCAUCAGAUAAGAAAGAUGCAGAGGACGAAGGCCGACUCGGCGAAUGCAAGCUCGUUAUCGAAGACGUUCUACAGCACGAAGCUACGGAAGGUGUACCUAUACUCGUGCUAGCGAACAAGCAGGAUCGCGAGGACUGCGUCGAAGUGGUCCGGAUCAAGGAAGGACUGGUCAGGAAGGUGUUUGAGGGCGAGAAGGGAGCUAGUGUGAGGGAUAGUCGCGUAUUGCCUUUGAGUGCUCUUACUGGUACUGGAGUCAAGGAGGCCGUGGAAUGGAUUUGUAGUCGAGUGAAGUGGAAUAAGGAGGGGAGGCCACCGGUCAUGCGAUGA